GGCAUUAUACACCUCCAUCUCCAUACCCAAAGCCAAAGAACGGAAGUAACAAGACCCAUGCACCGAAUGCACGGAUGCAACAUUGCCGAAGACCGACCCAAAGAAAGCUUGCUCGCACGAGCUGCUAGCCAGUAGCGCGGAGAAUGGUAGCCGGUUCCACGCCGUUCUUCAUCGCGCCCGGCGUCACGCUAAUGCUCGUCGCCUGCGUUCUCGUCAUCUUAUGGGCCCUGCGGCGUGGGGCCGGCGCCGGCGCAGCCGCCCAUCAGGAGCGUGCACUCGCCGCGGAGGACGGCGGAGGCAAGGGCCUGUCUGCCGACGAGCUCCAGGCGCUUCCGUGCCAUGACUUCUUCUCCGAUGGCGCCGCGGCCGCCGACUGCUCGGUGUGCCUGGAGGCGUUCGAGGCCGGCGACCGGUGCAGGCGGCUGCCGAGGUGCGGGCACAGCUUCCACUCCAGGUGCGUCGACCCGUGGCUGGAGAAGAGCCGCUUCUGCCCGGUGUGCCGCGCCGACGUGGUGCCCCCGGAGCCGGAGGGCGAACUCGUCAAGGUGGCUAGGGAGGGCGCCUUGGCGGAACCAGCUUUGGGGGCGGAGAUGGCGUUGGACAGGAGAAACGCGGCCACGUUGGAGAUCGUGGUGAUUGAAAGGCUGCAGCAGUACAGUUGGACUCUUCAUCCCGGGGUCCUGUUGCGCUAGCUUGAUUUCUAUUGUUUUUAAUACUAUAUAUAUAAUGGAUAUUUUGAUAUG